CUCGCGUGCUCGCGGCCCCCACGUCGAUUGUUCCGCGCAGCUCGGUGGUAGGACGCUCGGCGCGGCCUCAGUCGUCCUCUGUCGGUCGGUGUCGCGCUUCCGCCAGUGCCGUGUCGAACAAAAUUCCACCAGCAGCUACUUCAUCCAGACCCAGACCCAAGCAAAAGAAUUUAAAACCGGAAGUUACGAUACAAUAAUCACACGUGUGUGUAAAUUUUACAAGUGAAUUUACCUGAUUUAAUUACCGGAUUUGUGGCUGUCGGGCAUGGCGUUUCUGCGCGCGGCUUUGGCGAAGGGCUGCGGGGAGCAGAUCAAGUUGAACACGCAGCGGGCGGCGGCGCGCGGCGAUCUCUGGAAGAGCGUGUACAGCACCAGUGCCGGUUCCGGUUCCACUCAGAGUAAUGGCGGUGGCAAGCAGCAGAAGGACGAGGAGAAGCUGCUGCGGACAAGGGUUGGUAUCGUGCGCAGCCAGCAGCAUGCGGCCGCCUCCAGUGCCGCCGGCGGGGACUCGAAGGACGCGCUGGAUAUCACCUUCGAGGAUCACAAGGCGGCGUUCAAGAGCAAGACCACAUGGGAGCUGCUGCGGGCGUAUAUUGUCUAUACGAUGUGUUCGUUCGAGACGCUGGUGGAGAAUAAUAUGAAGAUAAUGAAAAUAACCAAAGCGAUAAUGGGUGAGAAGCUCUUCACCGCCGCUAUGAAAGCCACCUUCUACGGCCACUUCGUCGCCGGCGAGGACCAGUACAAAAUCCGACCAACCCUCGAACGACUACGUUCCUUCGGCGUCAAACCCAUCCUCGACUACUCCGUCGAAGAGGAUCUCACGCAAGAAGAGGCUGAGAAACGUGAAGUCGAGGCGUCGGUGUCUGAGGAAGUGCCCGCACCGGAAGCCGAAAGCGAAUCCGACCAGAUGAAGCAAUACAGCGUCGACAAGACGUUCGCGGAUCGCCGCUACAAGGUGCAAUCGGCGCGCACGUACUUCUACCUCAACGAAGCCACCUGCGAACGCAACAUGGAGACGUUCCUCAAGUGUCUGGAAGCUGUCGCUGAAUACGAUAGCAGGUCGAAGCCGAAGGGGACAAUCCCGGAUGGCGCUACUUAUGGUACCGGUAUCACUGCGAUCAAACUGACAGCUUUGGGCAGACCUCAAUUACUCUUGCAAUUGUCUGAAGUAAUCAUGAAGGCCCGUCGAUACAUGGCUGAAAUCGUCGGUGGAGAGGGUAACGUGCUCUCCCACCACACGACACGCGAGGCACUCGAGCGGAAGAUCGCCGCCGCCAAAAUCACCGACCAAGCAUCCGUCGACAAGUUCUUGGACUCGCUCACAUCCGACAGCAAAGGUAUUAUGCACUUGUUCCCCUGGUCGGGGAUCGUCGAUGACAACCAGGAACUGUCUUCGACCUUCCGGGUGCCAGACUUGAAGCGUGGGAGGAUGGUUAGGUUGAUUACCAAGUUGUCACCGAAGGAGGAGGAGAUGUUUAGGAAUAUGAUUAGGCGGAUGAAUACUCUAGUCAAGGCUGCUCAAGAAAUGGACGUGAGGAUCAUGGUCGACGCCGAGCAGACCUACUUCCAGCCGGCCAUCUCGCGCCUCACGCUGGAAUUCAUGCGUAAAUACAACAAGGAGAAGGCGAUCGUCUUCAACACCUACCAGUGCUACCUCAGCGAGGCGUUCAACGAGGUCACCACUGACUUGGAGCAAGCAAAACGUCAAAACUUCUACUUUGGCUGCAAAUUAGUGCGCGGUGCCUACCUCGAGCAGGAACGCGCAAGAGCUGCGGCUUUGGGUUAUCCCGACCCUACGAACCCCAACUUCGAUGCCACGUCGGAGAUGUACCAUCGUACACUUACCGAAUGCCUGAGGCGUAUUAAGGAUUUGAAGGUUAAGGGUGAGGACCAGAGGAAGAUCGGUAUUAUGGUGGCUUCGCAUAAUGAGGACACCGUGCGUUUUGCUAUUGAGAAGAUGAAGGAGAUUGGUAUUGAACCCGAGGAUAAAGUCAUUUGCUUCGGUCAGUUGCUCGCCAUGUGUGAUUACAUCACUUUCCCAUUAGGUCAAUCUGGUUACUCCGCCUACAAGUACAUCCCCUACGGGCCAGUCAACGAGGUGCUGCCCUACUUGUCCAGACGAGCGCACGAAAACAAGGGCGUGCUCAAGAAGAUCAAGAAAGAGAAACGCCUGCUGGCGCGCGAGCUGAUGCGCCGCACCGUCACCGGCCAGCUGUACUACACGCCGAAAGGUGGCUACACGCCCGUCUAAGACACGCCUCUCCCUUCUCCCACUCCAAACACCUACUAUACCCAACCUCAACACUCUCUAAGUCUCGCGCGCGCGUGCGCAUUGUACAAACGAACACUGAACCGCGCCGAGCCAACCCACACCCUACCCCUAUACUGUUGUCUAGAUAAGUAGUUAAUUAAUUAAUUGAAGAUAUGUCAGAUGUCAAAUAAUGUCGAUAAGGUUAUAUAAUGAGAAGAGAAAGAAAUUCAAGCCAGGGGCGGCACACACUCACACACAUAUAUAGACACCUCACCUCACCUCGCGAAUCUCGUUUUUAAUGAUUUUAUGUUUUUUGUUGUUAGAAGUGGUUUUUCCUCCUCCUGCGUCCAUCCCUACUCCUCCGACGGUGUUGCCGAGCGUAUUGGAAUCGACGUUUGUCCCCACCACGCCUCCAUCACCUCGCCAAGCCCCGCCCCCAAAGACCUAACCUCCAAUCCUCUCGAUGAUGAUUUCCUAUUCCUAUUGUGCUACUUGUAAAUUAAUUUAUUAUAUGAUUACGAUUAUUAUUUAUUUGUUUGAGUAUUGGUUUGGUGUCGCCCCCAGCAAGCCACGCCCUUGUUAGCGCCUAGAGCAUAAGUGUCAUAUCAAUAGUCGAUGUUCGAUGAAAUCACACGCAAACAAAACUACGAAUUGCAUUGUUGUUGUUGGUUUUUUUUUAUUUAUUCAUUUAUGCCACUCCAGCAGUUGAUUUGUGUGCCGAAGCCACGCCCCUACUACCGAUUGAUUGGUUGAACGCGAUGUUUUUGGGAUAAUAUACAUAUUGAUGCAGGUUUUUGAUACGGCUCUGUGUAGUAAUAACCUACGAACACACACACGGUGUAAUAAAUUGAUUGUGGAAACGAUGCGAGUACUGAAUUGAAUCGCGCGAUGAUAUGAUAAGCUGAUAAUUGAUAAAUGAUAAGAGACAUGGAGGCAACAUGUCGUUGACAAUAAUAACAGUUAGAAAAAAUAACGAAAAACGAAACAAUUGUGUGUGAACUAUUACAAACAAGAAUAAUUAUGAGAACAAAUAAAUAAGACGAAUAAAGAUCUAGAUGUUUAAAAAGAUUAAA